AUGCCCAAAGAUCGCCUUUAUGACCUACGGGAUAUAGAAGUCAGCCGAGAGCCAGAGCAAUCUCGCUCAUUGCUCGCCCAAGGCGCCGUUGACGACGAUGAAGUUGGACCUUCGCCAGCACAUCAACCGCCUCCAUUUCCCCAAUCUUCUCUCUCCAGGACCGCUUCAAAUGGGUUCCCUCGCGCUCCGCGCACCAUAAAUCGAGUCCGCUUCGACGUAAGAGAGACGGACAGCGGCGAGCAUGCGCUCAACGGCCAUGUGCGUACACCGAGCCGGGAAAACGGCGGUUGGCCCGAGGCUGAGCAUGACUUGUUCGGAAACGAUGUUGAGAGGCAAAGGGCGCCUCUUCUCACCAAUGUCGAGGCACCUAGUGUCAUGGUGGCCGAAGAUUUGGAUUUCAACGCUGAGGGACUGCUGGAGAAUGCCAGGCCGAAGAGUGGUAUAAUGUAG